CCGGAAGUAUCGUCAUGUCGAGUUGGCCCUAACAGAAUAGAGUAAUUUCACUUGUUAUAUUCUAGCCUAAAAUCGUUUGAGUUCUACUGUAUGCUAAAUUCUGUGAAUAAAAUACAUUUUUAUAAAAACUAGUAAUUGAUUUAAAGUACAAAAAUGGUUUUAGCAGACCUAGGGCGUAAAAUUACGUCCGCAUUACGGUCACUCAGUAAUGCAACUGUCAUCAAUGAGGAGGUUUUAAAUUCUAUGCUGAAAGAAAUAUGUGCAGCAUUAUUAGAAGCUGAUGUCAAUAUUCAUUUGGUUAAAAAAUUACGAGAAAAUGUACGAGCAGUCAUUGAUUUCGAAGAUAUGGCAGGUGGACUUAAUAAACGGAGGAUGAUCCAAAGUGCCGUAUUCAAAGAACUUGUUAAGUUAAUUGAUCCUGGUGUAAAAGCAUAUCAACCAGUGAAAGGUCGUCCAAACGUUAUCAUGUUUGUUGGUUUACAAGGUGCGGGUAAAACUACUACAUGUACUAAAUUGGCUUACUAUUAUUUAAAAAAAAAUUGGAAAGCCUGUUUGGUUUGUGCUGACACAUUCCGAGCUGGUGCAUACGAUCAAAUUAAACAAAAUGCCACAAAAGCUCGGAUACCAUUCUAUGGAAGUUAUACAGAAGUAGAUCCUGUUGUAAUAGCUCAAGAUGGUGUAGACAUGUUUAAAAAAGAAGGCUAUGAAAUCAUUAUUGUUGAUACUAGUGGUAGACAUAAACAGGAAGAAUCUUUAUUUGAAGAAAUGUUACAAGUUUCAAAUGCAGUUCAACCGGAUAAUAUAAUUUUCGUCAUGGAUGCAACUAUAGGUCAAGCUUGUGAAUCACAAGCAAAAGCUUUUAAAGAUCGAGUGAAUGUUGGUUCAAUUAUUAUCACAAAAUUAGAUGGCCACGCUAAAGGUGGUGGAGCUUUAUCUGCAGUAGCAGCAACCCAAAGUCCAGUAAUCUUUAUUGGUACUGGAGAACAUAUUGAUGAUCUGGAGCCAUUUAAAACAAAGCCUUUUAUUAGCAAAUUAUUGGGCAUGGGAGAUAUUGAAGGAUUGAUCGAUAAAGUUAAUGAGCUGAACCUUGACGAAAAUGAAGAGCUUUUAGAGAAAAUAAAACAUGGUCAAUUUACAUUACGAGAUAUGUACGAACAAUUCCAAAAUAUUAUGAAGAUGGGUCCAUUUUCUCAAAUAUUAGGAAUGAUUCCUGGCUUCAGUCAAGAUUUUAUGUCAAAAGGAUCAGAACAAGAUUCAAUGGCAAGGUUAAAAAGAUUAAUGACAAUUAUGGAUAGUAUGAAUGAUGCUGAAUUGGAUAGUAGAGAUGGAGCUAAAUUAUUUAGUAAACAACCUGGUCGAAUAACAAGGCUAGCACAUGGUUCUGGAGUAACUGAAAAAGAAGUGAAGGAUCUUAUUGCUCAGUAUACGAAAUUUGCAGCAGUAGUUAAAAAAAUGGGUGGUAUUAAAGGAUUAUUUAAGGGUGGUGACAUGACGAAAAAUGUCAAUCAAACCCAAAUGGCUAAGUUGAAUCAACAGAUGGCUAAAAUGAUGGAUCCUCGAGUACUGCAUCAAAUGGGCGGAGUGAUGGGUCUUCAAAACAUGAUGAAACAACUUCAACAAGGAGCUGCUGGCGGUAUGGGUAAUUUAAUGGGUGGCUUCGGAGGUAAAUCUUGAAAAAAUUAUUUAAAAACUGAUGCCAUUCUAUGACUGCCAUCUGACAUUAAAAAUGAGAUCAGAGAAUAUAUUUAUCUGACGAAAGAAUAUAAAUUCAAAAAUCAACAAAAUUUUACAUUCUUUCGUGAGUAUUCUUUAAGAUUUGCAAUAAUCAAUCUUCCCUCUAUACCAGUCGCAUACAUACUGAUGUUUCAAUAAAGGAGACAGAGAAAUCAUCUCAAAUUUUAAUUUUAUAGCGAAUUAUUCAAUUGUUUACGUUAUUUCAACGAUAAUGCAUAGUAUAUAUUAUCAUUGUAUAUGGAUUUUGUAAAUAAAUUAUACUAUAAUAACACUAAGUAAAUAUAAAAUAUUCAGUUUUUCGAAUCCAUGAGGGUAGGUUAGAAUUGCAACUGCAUCAUUUAUUAACUUGUUGCUACGAAGUUUAUCAAAGACUUCAAUAAUCGUAUAUGAAAUCAGUCAUGAUGUAAAAUAAUGAUUGCGAAUUUUUUGAG